AUGUGGUACCCUCCAGCUGCCGUUGUUCCUUUCUUCGAGUCACAUUCAGUCACAUAUGAGGAUCGCAGUGCCAUCGCCAAAUGGCACUUCCUUCCCUUUGACCAGCGUGCAGUGAACGAGAUGACCGUGUUGCUGAAUUUCUUGCACAUCUCUCAAGGCUUUCACAAUGAAACCCUGUAUACCGAUGUUAGGAGGAGGUGUAUGUUGAUGAGGUCACUGUUUGAACUUGUCUUCGCCAAUAAUUAUCUGGAGCUCACAAACCCAAAGUUGCUUGGAUGGUUCUUAUACUUAACAGCAGAGGACAGGACCUUAAUACAAAACGAAGGAGGGCUUCUGUCUUUUUUAAAGAAACAUCCAGAACUUGGAGUAACCAGACAGUAUGUUUAUGUAAAAGCAAAACCCAAAGGAAACUACGUUCCCCCUCCUACAACUAUGGCAUCAAACGAUUCCAGGUACCCAACAUUUUAUGGUUCAUCUGGGUGUCAAAACUGUGGGACUAGUUGUCCAUUUGGUACCAAGAAGUGCACCCGUUGUGGUGUUCACAUUGUGAUUUCACAGGACAAAAUCAGUGUGUCAGAGAAUGAAAAACAACUUCAGCUGCUCCCAAACAGCCUAAAAGAAGAGCUAAAUGUUUUCCAAACUUCCCAAAGUAAUGUUGAAAUGCAAAAUAUCCAUUUAGGUUGCACGCAAAGCACCCUAAACACUAGGAGCAAACAGAGAAGCCCUGAAGCGCAUCCUCAUUUCUACAGUAAAGGAAUGUGUUCUCAUGCCCAGUGCCUCUCUCAGCUGUGGCAGGAAGUAGAAAGCAGGGAAGAUGCCAAACAUUUUAAGGACACAUCAGCCCAAGCGAGCUUCUGCCUCGAUAUGGAGCUUGAUGUGCAGAGUCAGGUUCAGAGAAAUGACAACACCCAAAAUAACCAAAAUCAAUCAUAUAAUCCCACUGAAGAAAAUGACCACAAUGUGGACCAGGAAACCAUGCCAGAAUACUACAGUUUUAGUAGCAUCAGCUUAGACCACACUGCAUGGAGCAAUGGCAGCCAGAGUGCAGAGACAGGGUUCAAUGAUUCAAUCACUGCUACCAAAGGCAGUACAGAACUCUCAGAUGAACUAUCAGAGGCUGCCAACAGCACUGCUGCAAACUCUACCGAUUGUUUCUCUUGUGUCAGCAAUUCAUUUGAGCUGGCUGAAGAGUCAGGAGACUGUCUUGACUCAAGAUAUGAGCAACAGAUAAACAAGAGCAAUGUGGGUUCCUCACCAAAAUCCAAAUCUAGCGCUUCUGUCUAUGUGGACCAAAUGAUAGAUGCCUGUGGUGAUUUCAGAGCUUUUUUUACAUCUACUUGUGCAACAAAGACUGAUCAGACCUUCCAGGUGAAAAAUGUCGCUACUGACACAGACUUGCCUGCUGUCAGCCAUGAAAAAGAUACUCAGACCAUGCGAAUGACCACAUCUGAUAAGAACACCAUUACUGAAGUUUAUAUGUCAGACUUGGAUGUCCUCACUGAGGAAUUUAUAAAGCUAAAAGAGACUGAGAAGGGGUUGAAACAGAUGAAGAGCAUGAAUGCAAGGAGAUUGUGUGGCUGUGACUGUGCCCAGCGAGUAAGAAAAGCAGAGCUAAAUCUUCUUGCUCUUCAGUUUGUCAUGUGCCAACAGCACUGCUGGAGACGCUACUUCACCUCCCCACUUGGUGAAAGUGCUUAUCAGGGUACCGAGGCACUGCCAGACAGCAUAGCAGAAACUCUUAAAACACUACAGAAGGAUUACCAUGAGAUGAGACAACAGAUUCUGGCUGGUACUCCUCUGGAUGAUCUUGCGCCCCUAUCAGUAAACUCUGAGAAGAUAUCUACAGGGACAAAUUACAGCCCAUCAUCGGUUCUUGCGGCCCAUUUAGACUGUGCAGGAAGUACCAUUGCGAGUGACCACAAAGUGGAUGAAGAACAUACAGCGAUGAAGGUGCCUCCCAGUGAAGUUUGUCAGGACAUUGAAACUGCUCCGGAUGAAGCAAAAAAUGAAUGCAGCAAAAGAGAUAAAGCCCUAUUCAUCCUGCCAAAGCAGACAAGAAUUUCUACUGAACCAAAGACUGUAGGUGCCAACAAGGAUUUGAAUGGCAGCGAAGCUUGGUUUGAUGCAGAGGAGGAACUUGGGUUUCCAAAUCAAGAUGGAAACAUGGAGAAACCGAAUAAAAUGAGAGAAACUAUGAGGCACAAAAUGGAGACAAAAGGGACGGAUGAGGAUGUGUCAAAGCAAAGCUCCCUCUUGUGCAUCACUUGCUUGCCAGGCAAUAUCACCGAGCAUGAAGUACUACUUUGGUUUGAGAAGUACAAUCCAACAAAUGUCUGCAUCUCGGCUUUCAGCAACAAUACAAGGGCAGCUAUUGUUUAUCUCAAGAGCUAUAUUGAUGCCAAAGCAGCAGUUGAAGAUCUAAAUGGACGUUCCCUUCAAGGUCAUGCUGUCCAGGUGGUGCAUCUCUCUGGGACUGUUUCAGCUGAUCUUAAACCAAGUGAUCUGUCCCACAGCGCCUCAGAAAGCCAUAAAGAAGACACUGCAGGGGAUGAACUGAGAACAAAAAAUUUAACCUACGGUUCAUCACAUGGAGGGCCGCGCUGCAGUCUGGAAAGGUUGACCAACGUGUGCAACUCGCCCACAGCCUCUGGAACAUGUGUGCCACAGCACUACGCCACCAUGGGAAGCUUCGACACAAUCAUGGCCCGGCUGUCAGAGCGCCACCCAAACGUUGCCCGGCAGAGGAUCGUAGAUGCCCUGCUGGAAUUGCGGGCCAAGCAUCAGGGCUUCCUCAGUGGUCUUCCGUUGAGAUCUAUUGUAGAUAUGACCUCUGAGCUUCUCACACAGACCUCCAGUUCCGCUCGUGUUUGA